AUGCCUUACAUACUCGUCAGCACACAGAUUAGAUUGGAGAAUGGGCCGACAAUUGUAGGUGAUGAGUGGAAUGAUGUCGAACUUAUGGAAUAUCUUGUAAGACAUUUUUUUAAUUAUUCUAUUGCCUCUUCUUUGAUUUUCUUUCUAUCUAUCUCUCUUUUUUCAUUUUGUUUUUUCUUUCAUUGUCUCUCUUUUUUAUUUUGUUUUGCUCAUUCAUUGUCUCUCUUUUUCAUUUUGUUUUCUUUUUUGCCUCUCUUUUUUCAUUUGUUUUUUUUCUUGCAUUGUCUCUCUUUUUCAUUUUUUCCUCUUUCAUUGUCUCCCUUUUUCAUUUUGUUUUCCUCUUUCAUUAUCUCCCUUUUUCAUUUUAUUUUUAUCUUUCAUUGUCUCUCUUUUUCGUUUUGUUUUCCUCUUUCAAUGUCUCCCUUUUUCAUUUUAUUUUUCUCUUUCAUUGUCUCUCUUUUUUGUUUUGUUUUCCUCUUUCAUUGUCUCCCUUUUUCAUUUUAUUUUUCUCUUUCACUGUCUCUCUUUUUCAUUUUGUUUUCCUCUUUCAUUGUCUCUCUUUUUCGUUUUGUUUUACUCAUUCAUUUUCUCUCUUUUAGAUUUUGUUUUUUCUUUCACCAUCUCUCUUUUUCAUUUUGUUUUCCUUUCAUUGUCUCUCUUUUUCAUUUUGUUUUCCUCUUUCAAUGUCUCUCUUUUUCAUUUUCUUUUCCUCUUUCAUUGUCUCUCUUUCUCAUCUUGUCUUCUUCUUUCAUUUUCUCUUUUUUCACUUUUCUUCCUCUUUCAUUGUCACUCUUUUAG